AUGCCGGGUAACGAUACAAAAUGGGUCAAAUUUGGCAACAUAAAUAACAUUAUAUUUUUGGGAAAAGAUGUGAUAGCACUCUCAUCAGGUUAUCAUAUAUUGUUCAUAAAUUUGAAUACUAAGUAUGAAAAAAUUGAGAAAUUUGAUAACAAGGAACGGGGUGAUGGCAUUUCAUGUUUAUCUGGACAUCCGAUGGUACCAAUGUUUGCAACUGCUGAAAGACGUUCGAAUCCGAAGAUAACAAUAUUUACAUACCCGUCGAUUGAAAAAAUAUCAACGUGUUUUUACAAGAAACACGGACAGAGAAAUUAUUGUCUUUCGAUUAUUUUCGCGGGUACUGACUAUUUGAUAUCUUUGAAUUCGUAUUCGUCUUUUCAAUUGAUCGUCUGGUUGUGGAGAACUGGGGAAAAUUUGAAAAUUAUUGACACGGAAAUUAGUGAUGUCCAUCAACAAAUUACAUGCUCAAUGACACUACCAUUAUUACUAUCACAAAUGGGCGACACGGGAACAAUAAAAAUAUAUGAGAUGAAUGUCUGUUCAAAGAUGAUAUUGUUGACAUCAUCAGCAAUCAAUUCGAUUUUGAAUCCUUCUGAAAAAAUAGCAUCGUCUUCAUGGACUUUCGAGGGUAACUUAUUAACAUCCGAUUAUAUGGGCAACAUAUAUUUUGUCCAAAGUGACGGCAAGCGUCGGUACCAAGUUGUUGAGUCAAAAUUAACCAAAAGUCCUUCAUGGAAGCCUUUGAUUGCCGAUUUCCGCUGUGGAGUUGCGGUCGUUAAUUCCCGAUCUCAGAUCAGUUUUUAUAGAAAACCAGCGGAGCGCGCCAGACAAUCGAAUCUGUGGAACUUAAUUUGGAAUUUGGAAACGCAAUCGCACCCUCUAUACAUGAUACGCAAUCCACAGCGUGAUAGUCUUUUAUUCCACACCGAAACCGGGGGCAUUUUUGAAAUAAGUGUCGGAGAUGAUGAUGUACCGCGAAUGCAAAUGGUCUGUCAUCAAGGCUCCGGGUAUUUAUUUUUAGUGCCCAUAAAUUCUAAUGGACGAAAUUGCGCUGCUGUUGAUGGUUUUAAUCGCCUUGUUAUUAUUGAAAGUGAAACUGGGAAUUUAACCGCGACAAUGGAUCUAGACUCCCAUGGAAAAGAACACAGAGAAAUAAACAUCGGAAAAAAUUUGGUCAUUUAUAAUGUUACGAAAAAUAAUUCAAAUUUUGAAACAGUUGAAAAAAUUGCGGAAAUAAUUGAACUGCCGUUUCUAUUAAAAAAUAUAUAUCAUGGCUCGGGUAUCAAUGACAUUAUAGCGAGCCCUUAUUUAAGCAAACAAGUGGAUAAUUUAAAAUCAAUGACACUGAUGGACUGUGUCAACUCUUCACAUCAAUUUAGAGACGUUAAUAUUAAUGCGGAUUCAUCAAUUUUCUUGACAUAUGGAUAUGAUGGGAUUCUGGUAAUGCGUAACAAAGUGGAUAUUCAUCAAUUAAUGGGCAUGGUUUUGACGCAUCAUAGGUGUGAGGGAGGUAUCAUACAUGCUGUAUGUUUGUCCGGUACCAUUAUUAUUUGUUUGGGAAAAAAUGGGAAUAUUGUUGCUGUCAAAAUCUGUCAAAUGACAGCAGUAACUCAAAUAGACUUAAAUGAGCGUGAUAUAAAUUUCCAAAAUUCACUAAAAAUCCUUUCCGAAAGUAUGAAAUCUGUAAUAAGCGACGAAAUAAAUUUACCAUGGCUCGAAUGUCAGGAAAUAGCGAAACUAAACAAUGAGAAGGAAGCUUGUAUAUCAAAGCGCACGGAACUGUUAUCCGAUAUAAAUAACAUAAAAUUGAACCUCAAGAAACUGCUGGAUGAAAAUGAAAAAGAAAGCGAGGAUAAAAAAUUGGGCAUUGAAAUUUUCGAUUUUAAUACCGAAGCGCGUUAUGAAAAAAUCCGGCUGAAUAAAUUAGAGCAAGAGGAGCUAGAGAAGAUUAUUGAAGAAAAAGUGUCGUCGCAGCUUAAAGUCAGUGAGUGGCUCUGUAAAAUGUGCUGGGAUUCAAUGCUCGUUCCAGCCUGCUCCUUGAUUUCUUUAGAUGGAAAAAUUCAAGUUGAUAAUUUCGUGAUACCCGCAGUUUCUUAUCAUGAAAUUAAACGACGAAAUUGGAAUAAAUUUUUUAUUGAUAUUACAACUUCUAUGACAAGUUAUGAAGAAGGAAAGAGAAUAAAUAUUUUAAUUAAAAUACGUGAAGAAAAAUUGAAGCUGCACUUCAAUGAGUUGUUUGACAAAAUGGUCGAUCUAAAGUCGCGGGAAGUGAAAACGGCUACAGAGCGAAUUGCAAGAAUGGAUCACUGUUGGUCUGAAUUAAAAAAAAUGUUUAAUGUCGAGCACUCAAACGAUUACACGUGGUUACACCUUGAAUUACUUGACUGCGAGAAACCUUACACAGUCAUCAAGGUUGAGGACAAGGAAGUUUAUAAGAUAAUAACUUAUUCAGCGGACGUAUCUCAUGAUAGCUCAGAUAAUUUACUGCCGUCUGAUGAUGCUCAAGUCUCUUUAUUUCGGGAAGCAGCUUUGCUAAAUAUGAUGGACGGCGUUCUUGAAAUUAGGUGGGAAGAUGAAAUAAAAAAAGAUAUAAAAAUACCGGAAUGUUUAUUAUCAAAAAAUCCCUCUGAAUAUUCGGAACAGGAUCUGGUGAUUUUGAAAAAAUAUGAAGCGGAUGUAGAAAAUUUGAAAAAAGAGAGACUGAAGUACAAAAUAAUUUUACAAGACGAAAUCGCUCAAUUGCAAGAUUCACUGAGAAAAAACGUCGAUGCCUUUGACCGCAAGCUAGAAAAUUUUUUUCUGCAGCGCAUAAAAAUAGAAUCCGCGGUUCUGCAGGAAAAUCUAAUGAAAGAGCGCGAGUUGCUGCGCCACCAAUUGCGUUUGCGGGGCAUCAAAGAGCUAAAUGAUCUGGAAAAUGAACUCCAAGAAGCUUCUAAAGAUUUUCGAAAACUGACCGACGAGUUAACGCAGCUAGAAUUUACAGUCAAUGAAACCAAACUGCGGUAUGAAAAUUUGGGUAAGCGGGAAAAAUUACUCGAGUGCAAAUUCCGAGGGGAGUUUCCCGAUUUGAAGCAACCGAUGGUCGAACAUUUGUUGCGGCACUACAAGAAACGGCCUCGAAACGGCCAAUUGCUUUGCACUUCGAUAACAUAUUUGACAGAAUUGUCAAAAUGUAUUUUGACUGGAGAUAAAUCUGAAAUUUUACCGCGUAAUUGUUUCGAUUAUUUUAAAGGCAUUAACAGUCUCGAUAUUAUGCCGAGUAGUUUGCCCAGUCAAAUUGACAGCAAUCAUUGGUUUAUACUUUGCAAAUUACGGAGGACUAAAGUGGAAAUUGAAAUUAGGCUCAAGAGUUGCGCAGUAGAGCUGGCAGAAGCUGAACAAACGCUGAGUAACCACCAGAAAAUAAUUGCGGGGACACAAAACCGCGUGCAGAUGCUGAGAGAUAUGAUAGAGAGCGUGAGGAAAAAAAAUGAGGAUGUUAUGAGGGACAUGGAGGUACAAUUGGUCCUGCAAAUGGGACAGAUAGAAACCAAUUUGUGUGGGCAUCCAAGGGAAUUUAAAAACACGGUGCUCGUUUCAUUUGAUGAGGUACUUAAAGUUAAUGCGGCAAUUGUUGAGGCUGGUCGAAAAAAAAUAGCGGCCAUGAACCAGACUAUUAUUUUUCGUAAAACUAUUAAUUGGAAGGAGUGGUGUCACAGUUGCUUGAAGAUGACGCAUCGUGAGAUGGAGGAAGAGCUUAAAGUCCUUCAGGAUGUUAAGGUCACGAAAGAAAUACAAAAGUAUCUGAUGGGUAAUUUGCAUAUUCUUGGGUCAGAGAAGGACAUGGAUAUCUGGGAGAGAAGCGUCACGUCUACCAAGAAGCAUUUCACCAGAAUACUAUCGGAUGAGAAAAUAAAACUGAUCGAAAUUUCGCGCAAUUUAAACGACUGGCAGAAGCUUAACGAUUCUGUCAGCGAUCAGAUCGAUAAACUAAAAUCAACCGGUUGUGAAUUAGCAAUAAGCUGCAACGAAGAGACUCGAGUCAAAGACACAAAGUAUCGGCGGGUCAGAUUGAAAGCGAUUAUGAAAAAAAAUCGCUUGGUUUCGAAAAUAAAAAACAAUUAUGAUGACUUGUUGAUGCUGAGAUCUCAGCUAGAACUACUGAGAUUAAAGACUUAUCCUACAUUGAAGUUGAGGAAAAAGUAG